GAGACACGAACAAGAAUUACAUAACAUUCAUUAGUCAUUACACUUCAAACAACUAAUAAAUUAUAAAAAUAGGGUUUUCCAUAACCAAUUUUUAUUUUUCCUCAAUUUUUCUGAUUAUUCUUUUUUAUAUUCCGACGAAAAUAAUUUUUGGGGGCGCUCAACCUCUGGGAAAUUGGAGCUCUUGGUUGGAGUUGAAGACGAGCUGAAGCCUUUGAAAUCGUGACUUUUUUUACAACUCCAGAAAGGGGUCUAUGCGCACUCUCUGUGUUUUGAAGACGCUAAUUGCUGAUGCCAAGGGUCCAGAACCAAGAGGCCGCAUGAAAUUACAGUAGUCUGUUGUGGCUGUUACUCCUUAAGAGAUUAUGACACUAGACGACUUCUUUACCUUGACUGAGAUGAAUAAUGGGCUUGCAGCCCCUUCUCGAGUCAGGGAACUUAUGGCUGUUAUGGAGAAAGAAAGAAAUUGUACGGUGAAGAAUGCGGCUGAUUCGACAAGGCAGUGGUCUGCAGUUGCAAGUGCUAUAGUUGCCACUGAGAACAAGGAGUGUCUUGAUCUUUUUCUUCAGUUAGAUGGCCUCAACUUCAUCUCCAAGUGGUUGAAGGAUGCCCAGAAGCUUGAUGAUGACACAAAUGGCAGCUUUGUGGAAGAAUCACUUACCCAUUUGCUGCGGGCACUUGAAAAGCUGGACGUGGACCAUGAAAAACUGCUUGCUUCUGGAAUCUGGGAAACUGUUCAGAAUCUGCUUAUGCACAAUUGUUCCAGGGUUCAGGAUAAGGCCCGAGCACUGUUUGAAAGCUGGAAAACAAAGAUAGAUAGUACCACAUCUGCACCGGAUGUUGAUAAGGCUGGAGCUUCAACUGUUAAUGAGCCCGGAAAAAGUGACAAUACAGAGAGGGGCAUAGGACAUUCAGAAUCUCCCCUGAGAGAUGCAUCUAUCUGCCAAGAAAAUCCUGUUAACACAAAGGGCCAUGAAUUAGAUAAUCCAGUCCUCUCUACAAGUUCUAAUGAUGCUCUUAAUCAUGAAAAAGUUGAAAGUGCGAACAAUGUGGACAAAAGUGUAAAUCUCCCAAUUCGGAAUGAAGGAUCAUUACACCAUGUUACCUCAUCAUCCUUACAAGCAUCUUCAACAGAGCCUCCUCUGUGCCAUCCAGAUAACACUACCUCUGAGCCAUGUGUUGCAGCUGUUCCUGGGGAAGAUGCUAUUGACACUCGCAGAGAGUUUCAUGACUCAGAGUCGUCUAUUCAUACUAAGCAGCCUAUGAAGAUUGAAAGUUUGUCAGAUAAAGUGGGAUUGCUUGAAACAUCAAAAGGCAGAUCUUUUACUUCAAGUUCUCUUGUUGUCAAGGAAAAGAAUAGCGUAACUGAGAGUCCGCAAAAGAAAUCCACGGCUGGGGAAAAAAACUCAUUUGAUGAAGGCUUCUCAUGUACUGACUCGAAGGAGAUAGACUCUGAUGCAAAUGGUGUCCAGCAAGAAGGAGAUGGCUCAAAUCAACACAAAGCUUCUAGAGCAUUUGUUGCUAAAGCAGGGGGUAAUAGUAACCAUCUUUUGUUGCCAAGGUCCUCGAACAGUGAGAAGAGUUGGGGAAAUCCUAAUGAAUUGGGGAGAUUCCUUUCAGGGACUGAAGGUAAAGGAAAGAUUAACACAAGUGGCCUUCAUGUUGCUGAAAAUGAUUUAGCAAGUAGUUAUAGUUUCAGCAGAAAAUUAAUGGAUAGGGGACUUGAUCGAGCUGGCAAGAAGUCUGAUGUUGAAAUAGACUAUGGAAUUCUAGAUCCUUUGGAAUAUGCUAUGCAGGUGGCCAUGGAGGUGGAGAGGGAAGUUGUAGAUGACAGAGAACGGAGUUGCGGUUCAUCAGAGAAACUACCAGAAGGUAAUAUACGGCAGCCAAAGAGCCCCGACUCUGUGAGUCAAAAACAAUCCCGUUGCAGUGAGGGCUCACCUAAGGAGGUGGUAAAUGAGCCAAAUCUAUCAGAUGCAUCUUCACCCAUGCAGGAAGAAUCUGCAACUAGCUCUGAUAACCAAGAUGCUGAACAGACAAAUGGUACACAAGAUAUGGCAAUUUCUCAAGUCACAGAGGUGGCUCAAGAAGAAGCCAACGAUGAGAAAGGCCUUUGUAAAUUUGACCUGAAUGAAGAAGUUUGUUCAGAAGAUCCUGAACGUCCUGAGAAUCAAUUUUUUGCACCGGUCUCUUUUGUUUCUGCUUCAAGAGCUGCAGCAGCUCCUGGUCAACCUGGUGCUCCUUUGCAAUUUGAGGGGAAUCUUGGCUGGAAAGGCUCAGCUGUAACAAGUGCUUUCCGCCCAGCAUCACCACGCCGAAUGCGGGACAGUGACAAGGAUCCUUCAACUGGGGGAAGCAGUAGCAGUUCAAAGCAACGACAAGGAUGUCUUGAUAUUGAUCUGAAUGUGGCUGAAAGCAUCGACCCCAAAACAGGAGACUGGACAGCAGAUAAACAUGCUCAGUUGUAUUCUACAGUUGCUUCUGGUGAAUCUUCUGCUGAAACAAGCUCCAGAAGAUCCGAACAUCUUGCACUGGACCUGAAUCAUUCAAGUGAAGAUGGCGGUCCGCUAUUAGAUUGGCGGAUAGGGCAGUUCUUUCCCCAAGAACGCCGACACUAUAGUCAGCCUCAUUCUCUAAUUUCAUCAAAGCAGCCGACAAGGGAUAUUGAUUUGAAUGAUCAGCCAAAUUACCUCAACGAUUCUUCUGUCACUACCUAUUUAAGUCCGGUAUCUCAGACUUUCAAUGUAUCUGGAGGUAUCAAGUCAGAUGACUCUGUAAUAUCCAUAAUGGGCAAAAGAGUGGAAGUCAAUAGGAAAGAUUUUGUUUCGCAAAUUCCACAGCUAGCAAAUGGCCGGACCCCGGAGCUUCCGUUUGAGGUUAACCUGGGCAGAACAGGUAACCUUUUAGGCAUUGGAUCUGCACCUUCAUAUUCCAAUUCACCAGGCUAUGGUUUUAAUAAUUUUGCACCUGGGGCUCCUAUGCCUUUUCCCUCGACAAUAUAUGGAUCCGGAGGGCCCAUUCCUUACAUGGUGGAUUCGAGAGGACAACCUGUUUUCCCACAGAUUGUGGGCUCUGCUUCAGCUUUGCCACCUGCUUUCUCGCAACCACCCUUUUUGGUAAACUUGAAUACCUCAAAUCCUUCAAAUGGUGUUGGGCCGUCAAGGAGCAGUUUUGAUCUCAAUUCUGGUAUGUUAUUGGAAAGUGGAAGUAAAGACCCGGCAGGAUUUGGACUCUUCUUAAACUCGGCUCAAGUGAGGUCGGUGGACGAGCAGCCGAGGCCCAACUCUGUGUACAGUGGGAAGCGAAAAGAACCAGAAAAUGGAUGGGAUAAUUAUCCAUUCAGACAUUGUACACCACCAUGGAAACAAAGUUGAUUGGAUUUAGGAGAAAUGAGAGCAGGUUAGUGAUUUCAUGACAUUAGGUUUACUGGAGCAAAAGAAGCCAUAUUGACGUAGCUGGGAAAGGGUUUCUAGAAACCAAAUAAUGAUGGGAAGUGAUUUGAUUCUCUAGAUGAGAGGAGAGAAACAAAGGGGGUAGGUUUUUAAAGUUUGGUUUUUUGUUUUCGUGGUCUUUUACGUUUUUAUGGAAGCACAGGGAACUUGUCAUAUAGUAAUAGUAGUACUGAUUUCUUACAUUCCAAUGGAAGCCUCUUACAUAUUCAUCUCACGUGUAACAGAUUCUGGAGCUGUAAAUAAUUCCUGUUUUUUGUCUUUA